AAGCCACUCAAAGAUGUUUAAAAAAUGUACUUUUCAAAUUUUCACUGAUAACUUCAGCCAAGAAGCAUCUAUAUUUAACUGUGCUCCAUAGUACAUUAUGUAUAACACUUGUCUCUCUUAGUGACUGGUCUGUCACGCAUCUAUUAAUCAGAUAUGGAAAACUAUUAUGGUCUUUCUCGUAAAACACUUCACCUUCAUUUACCGCAAAAAUGUUCGGAAAAAUGAUAAUUAUGUGCCUCUCUCUACAUUUUAGAUUUGUUACUUGGUAACACCUACAUUUUUAUUCUUUCCAUAAACAUGCAACACUGCCUAGUGGCAAGAUAGGGGUUUCAGCCAAUAUAGUUGAUACAUUCGAUGAGCUACUAGUUAGUAGAAGAGGCUUUUGCACAUUCUCAAUCUUGAAUCGCAUUUCCCAGUAAAAGCAGUUGGUUUACUUGAAAGAUAAAUUUUAUAUAAGCCAAUUAAUUAUUUAAGGAAUCAAUAUUUCUAGAUGUUCUAGCUUUACUCUGAAUUUGUAAGUCUUCAAAUAGAUACUUCCUCUAAUGACACACUAUCAUAGUGUUAUACAUAAUGUACUGAGCCAUGAACACUUUAGGAGAAUAAAUUGAGUUAUGUGAUAAAGUGAGUGAGAUGAACUGAGCCAUAUUUUAGGAGAAUAAUUUGAAUUAAUUAUGUGAUAAAGUGAAUGAGAUGCACUGAGCUAUUCCCAUUUAUCUUGCUUACACAAUGAAAAGAGCCACUAGUUUAUCUCUCUAUCAAAUCAAAUUUGCAAUAUUUAUGUUAUGAUUUACUAAUUUAAAUUAAAAACAAGGAUUUCGUUUGAUCUAAUUUGGCUUUAAAGGUGAUAUUUAAUUUUGUUGUAGAUUUUUUAAGUCCUAUAUAUACCCCUUUCGUUUCUAAGUUAUUGUAGGCAAUAAGCAUAAUUUAAAAAAAUUCUACUUUUAAUUGUUUAUGCAGAAGAAUCGCGAGUUUCAUUCCUAUGCAUCAUUGCAACAAUAGGAGGACCGUGUAUGCUGGCAUUAUUAUACUGUUUUGUAUGGAGAAAACAUGAAGCGAAAGCUAAACCACUGAUACGGAUCAUCAUUACAAAAAUAGGCGAUCUCAUUGUACUCAUGUUCAGUUCCAUACGCUAAAUGAUACAAGAAAAUCAUAGAUAUUGCGGGAAGAGAAACAGAGAGAAAGAUAUAUUAUUACAUGAGCUAGAAAGAAGAGAUGGUAAGAAGAGCCAUGAACUGCAAUUUUUCAGCUUUGAAAUCGUAGCAUCAGCCACAAACAAUUUUACAACUACAAGCAAGCUUGGAGAAGGUGGGUUCGGAUCUGUUUACAAGGGACAACUGCCUGAUGGGCAAGAAGUUGCAAUAAAAAGGCUCUCAAGGAGUUCUGGACAAGGAUUUUUGGAGUUCAAGAAUGAAGCAAUACUAAUUGCCAAACUGCAGCACACUAAUCUUGUUAGGCUUGUUGGAUGUUGCAUUCAUAAAGAAGAGAUGAUGCUCAUCUAUGAAUACAUGCCUAAUAAAAGCCUUGACUUUUUUUCUCUUCGGUUAGAAAAUUUUGACAAUUUAGUUAAUUAUCUUUCUUUUGGUUUUUGUCAAUUGCUCACACAUAUGUUCUACUACAGAUCCUGCAAAGAAGAAUAUUCUAGAUUGGAAGAAACGUUUCAACAUCAUUCAAGGGAUCCAUCAAGGGCUUCUAUACCUUCAUAACUACUCAAGAUUAAGAAUAAUUCAUAGAGAUCUAAAGGCCAGUAAAAUUUUACUUGAUGAUAAGAUGAAUCCAAAGAUUUCGGAUUUUGGUAUGGCUAGAAUAUUUGGGUCAAAUGAUUCUGAAGUAAACACAAACAGAGUUGUUGGGACACAGUGAGUGAUUAAACCACUUUGCUACAAAGUGCAUGGAUAUGAAUGUGCUUACAUGAAUGUGUUUCUUCCUUCACAUACUAACAAAGUUUGUUCAAUUGUUCAGUGGUUAUAUGCCUCCAGAGUAUGUGAUGGAGGGAGUUUUCUCAACAAAAUCAGAUGUUUUUAGCUUUGGAGUCCUAUUGUUGGAGAUUGUUAGUGGUCAAAAGAAUUAUAGUAGUUACCAUUCUUAACGGCCUCUCAAUCUUAUUGGAUAUAUAAGUCCCUAAUGACACUAAGCUUAUUUUGUCUAAACACCAUGUUAUAGUUCAUAACCGUAAGAGUCCUGGAAUUGUUUCAGGCAUGGGAGUUGUGGGGAGAAGGUAGAGGCUUGGAGUUAAUUGAUACAGCUUUAGGUGAUUUAGAUCACAUUGAUCAAGUGUUGAGGUGCAUUCAUGUGGGUCUCCUGUGCGUCCAACAAAGCCCAGUUGAUAGACCUACCAUGUUAGAUGUGAUAUUUAUGAUAUAUAAUGAAGCCAAUAAGCUACCUGCACCAAAGCAACCGGCAUUUUUCCUCGGAAGGAAUAUACCAGAGGCAGGAAUUGUAGAAUGCAGACCAGAAAAUUGUUCAUCAAAUGAUAUAUCAAUUUCAGAGAUGGUACCGAGGUGAAGGGACCUGAGUCUUUCAACCUAUAUCGCCGUAAAGCAAAUUUUACCAUAGAAAGCAACAGUAAUAUCCCAUGUUAACAUGGUGGUUGUGUGCGUCACAUUUUCAUUCUGGGAGAAUCACAGGAUAUAUAUGUCUAUGUAUAUGGCUCUAUGCGCACUGUAGUUUAAAAUUUAUUUGAUUAUCUUCUUCCGAAUGUUAUUAAUUUACACAUGUUAGCAUAUGCUCUACAAAACCAUCAGAUGUGAAUUGUAAUUCCAAAAUUUCCU